AGUUAUCUACAUGUUACAUAAUGAAAUAAUAUUUACGAUAACUUUCGAACCAACACAGUUAUUCCUGAAGUGACUUCCAUACGAUUCAUAUUAAAAACUAAAAAUGGAGGCUGUAGUAUUCGAUGGAAGCAAACUCAACUUGUAUUACCAAAAAGACUACCCACUACCGAAGCUGAUCAAUGAUGAUGAUGUCAUCGUGAAGGUCCACUACUCAGGCAUUUGCGGCACUGAUCUCCAUAUCAUACAGGGUGAAUUCCCAGCCAUCAAAUCCCGCCCGAUGCCCCUUGGCCACGAGUCUUCAGGAGUCAUCCAUGAGGUCGGCAAGAGUUCUAUCUUCAAAGUUGGACAGAAAGUCGUCAUCGACCCGAACACCUCCUGCAGCCUAUGCGACUUCUGCCGCAAGGGUAACUACCAGUACUGCCUGACAGCUGGCAUUAACAGCACCAUCGGCAUUUGGAAAGACGGUGGCUGGGCGCAGUAUGUACGAGUGCCACAGAGUCAGGUCUUCGCGUUACCUGAUGGAAUUACUACUGAACAGGCGGGUCUCUGUGAGCCCUACUCCUGCGUAUCCCACGGCUUCGACCGCGCCUCCCCCCUCAAAGUCGGAGAGAAGAUUCUCAUUCUUGGAGCUGGUAUCAUUGGUAACCUCUGGAUUACCACCCUGCACCACCACGGACACAGGGAAGUCACUGUAUCCGAGAUGAACCUGACAAGGCUGGACAUCGUCAAGCGAUUGGACACCGGCUUCAGGCUAGUCACACCCGACGUCUUGGCUAAUGAGAAGAUCACAUAUGACGUCAUCAUCGACUGCACAGGCGUGGGUAAGGUGAUGGAGAUCUCCUUCAACUACCUGAAGGAGGGCGGAAAGUACGUGCUGUUCGGAUGCUGCCCCCCUACACAUACCACUUCCCUGAAUCCCUUCGAUAUUUACAACAAGGAGCUGACUAUCAUCGGAGUGAAGAUCAAUCCCUUCAGCUUCCCCAGCGCCAUUAGCUGGCUAAAGGCUAUGGGCAGCAGGUAA